GAGAUUGCCACUGUUAAGAAGAGUCGCUGCUGAUUGGAAGCUGGUCCUUGAUGCCUGCAAAAAGUCUCCAGCAAAGAGGUGGCAGAGAUGGCAAUAGUGCCCGAUAAUUUUGUGAGUAAAAACAACCAAGAGCGUUUCCUUUUUCUGGUUUGUGGUGGUGGCGAGAACAUUGAGGAGGUUCCUCGUUGUCUGAACCUUCGGGCGGGGAUUCCCUGCCGGUUCCUACCUGCGGGUGCUGCUGGCAAUCAAACCCAGCACAUUUUGCUACGGCCCUGGAACAAAAACCAGCAAGGAGUGGCAUCAUGAUUCGUGCCAGCCAGCUAAUGGGCUCUCCUCCCUCAGAGGCGUUUCAACAGAGGUCCGUCAGGGAUUCUUCUUCUGCGACUCCUGCAUCGCAGGGGGUUAGGCUGGAUGACCCCAAGGGGUCCCUUGCAACUCGGUGAUGCCGUGAAAACUGUUCACCAGGAGGAGAAAUGGGCUGAGGUGCCCUGGAGAACCGUAGGAUAAUCAUCUGCAAAGGACGGGGCUCUCGUACCACUGAACAGGUAUUGCGGAAGGUGCUCACCUGAGAAGGUGCAUUUGCCAAAAUUCCCUCUUCUGCACAACUCCGUAAACUGGGGGAGCCUUGCUGCGGUGCGUACGACAGCUGUUGCCACAGGAGCCAACUCCUAGAGACUGGAAUAAAAUAAUUGAGGGGGCCUCUGCCCAAAGUUAAUGGACAUUGGCAUUUAAAUGGUGUGUGCAUGCCAUGUGAUUGAUUAUCCAGGAUGGGGCUUACUUGAACACCCCCCUCCCAAUUUUUUAAAAUUCAAGUUGGAACCCCUGUCUUUAACCUUUCCAGACCUGGAAGCCACCUUUGAUCAAGUGCAAUGUUUUGACAGUGUUACGCCGGCCUGUCUCCCUUUCUCCCCAUCUUAGUUUCUUUUAAAACAGACCAAAACAUAAGGCCCAUCCAGUCCAGCCUUCUGUUCCCACACUGGACGCGGGUGGCGCUGUGGUCUAAACCACCGAGCCUCUUGGGCUUGCUGAUCAGAAGGUCGGCGGUUCGAAUCCCCGCGACGGGGUGAGCUCCUGUUGCUCUGUCCCAGCUCCUGCCAACCUAGCAGUUCGAAAGCACGCCAGUGCAAGUAGAUAAAUAGGUACCACUGCGGCGGGAAGGUAAAUGGCGUUUCCGUGCGCUCUGGUUUCCAUCAUGGUGUUCUGUUGCGCCAGAAGCAGUUGUCAUGCUGGCCACUUGACCCAGAAAACUGUCUGCGGACAAACACCAGCUCCCUCGGCCUGAAAGAGAGAUGAGCGCCACAACCCCACAGUCGCCUUUGUCUGGACUUAACCAUCCAGGAGUCCUUUACCUUUACCUUUUUUUGUGCUGGAGCAUGGAGAGUCUCUUCUGGCGCCGCUUGGUGCUUUGUCGGCCAGAGACCUCUUCUCUGGCUUUUCCCCGGGGGAGUCUACGUUGCCCUCGUUCUCCCCUUGCCACUUUUACAGCGAUCGGGCGUGCUCCACUGUAUCGGAUCACUUCCCUCGACCCGUCACAGAGCGCACCACACUGGAAGCUGCCAACUUUGCCUUUUUUUUACCAGCCAGAUUCCAGCAAACAGUAUCUGAGUUCAGGUAUAAUUCUCCCUGUUCAUGAGACCCAAGCAGCUGCUCUCCAGAGUUGUACUGGCUGCCACAGCAGAGGCAAAACAUUCAUGGCUAGUAGCUGCUGACGGAGCCUUAGAAGACAUCUAAAGGCAGCCCUGUUUAGGGAAGCUUUUAAUGUUUAAUAGGUUACAGUGGUACCUCGCAAGACGAAUGCCUCGCAAGACAAAAAACUCGCUAGACGAAAGGGUUUUUUGUUUUUUGAGCUGCUUCGCAAGACGAUUUUCCCUAUGGGCUUGCUUCGCAAGACGGAAACGUCUUGCAAGUUUGUUUCCUUUUUCUUAACACCGUUAAUACAGUUGCGACUUGACUUCGAAGAGCAACUCAUAGAACGCGGUGUGGUAGCCUUUUUUGAAGUUUUUAAAGACUUUGGUAUUUUUGAAGCUUUUCCAAAACUUUCCCGACACCGUGCUUCGCAAGAUGAAAAAAAUCGCAGGACGACAAAACUCGCGGAACGAAUUAAUUUCGUCUUGCAAGGCACCACUGUAUUGUAUUUUAGUGUUUUGUUGGAAGCCGCCCAGAGUGGCUGGGGGGACCCAGCCAGAUGAGCGGGGUAUAAAUAAUAAAUUAUUAUUAUUAUUUUCCUCCCUGAAUUUGUGCAACCGCCUUGAAAGCCAUUCAAGCCGGCAGUCAUCGCAAAGUUCCGUAGACGUGCAUUCUGCCCUUCUGCUAUGCGCCAUGUGCAGAAAUGCUUUCUUUUGCCUGGAACAAAUCUUCCAUUAGAAACAUAGAAUUGUAGAGUUAGAACCCUGGGCAACGCAGCAAUUUUUUCACCCAGGGUGGGUUUCGAACCCACAAUCCUGAGAUUAAAAGUCUGAUGCUCUACCGACUGAGCUAUUCCACAAGUUGGUUUUUUUUGGGUCUUUGUAAUUAGAUAGUUUUCCAGCUAGAUGGACCAGGGGUCUGGCCAGUUACGGAAGCGGCUUCCUUUUAUAGCACAUAGUGAAACUUUGGAACUCACUGCCACUGGAGGCAGUGAUGGCCACAGGUGUCGAUUGUUAGACAGAUUAAUGGAGGGGAAGGCUAUUGAUGUCUGCUAGCUAUGAUGGCUAUCCUCUGCGACCGCGGUCAGAGGCAGCGAUGUUUCUGAACACCGGUUUCUGCAAACCACAGGAGGCGAGAGAAAUUGAGACAUCUGGUUGGCCCCUGUGGGAACAGGAUGCUGGACCAAAUGGGCCUGAUCCAACAGGCUUCUUCUUGAAUCACAGAAUUGCAGAGUUGGAAGGGAACCUGGCGGCCAUCUAGCCCAACCCCCUGCAAUGCACGAAUCUUUCGCCCAACACGGGUUUCGAACCCACGACCGUGAGAUUUAAGAGCCUCAUGCUCUCCCGACUGAGCUAUCCCUACCUUACUCCAAGUGAGCCAUAGAUCCUUGGGCUGAGCGGGUGUUUGAAGGCCGUGCUUUGCUCAUUCACUGCCUUCAAAUGUCGUUUUGUCAGCCAGGGUUUUCCCUCCUUACGUCAACUGAACCGGCCACCUCUUCCUUUCCAACGUCCCCACCCUGCCUGCGCCCUUACGCUGAGCGCUCGUUUUACACCUGCGCUGCAACAAUAAACCAGUUUGGGAACCAGUUUGUCCAUGCACCUUCAGCAAGGAAGUCUGCAUUUUGGGAGAGGACGAAGAGCAAAAUCCCCACUUGCCUCCCAGAACUACAUUUCCCAGAGUUCCUUUGUCAGCAGGCUUCGAAAUCCAUCGCAGUGCAGAUUUAUUGCGUGAAAAAGAAAACCAACUUAUGAUAUCUGGGUUUGAGGACUGAAGACAAUGGGAUUAUUGUGUGUUAUAUUGCAAUGGGUGUUUGGAACAAUUUUCUGUAUAUAGCUGACGGAUGCUGGAAGACGCUGAGAGUGGCUGGGAAAACACAGCCAGAUGGGCGGGGUACAAAUAAUAAAUUCUUAUUAUUAUUAUUAUUAAGAACAAGAAGUUCUCCCCCCACCUCCUUUCUUUUCUCCCUUUCUUUUCUUCCCUUUGCUUUGAAUUUUCAUUUAGAUUAGUUUUUAAAAAAAUCUUUGAUAAAGAGAUAUUGGCCACUUGGUGCUAACUUUUGUAUUCCCCCCCAAAAAAAAACUUUAAUUAAAUCUAAUUCUUUUUUAAAACAAACAAACAAACAUUGCCAUAAACAACAUGUUGCUUUUAAAAUUUUAUAUAUGAAUUAUGUGUCCCUCCCUGUUAGACACGUGUGGCUAAAAACCUGCAUGAAGGAGACAUACUUGGAAUUCGUGGACAUGGCGAAUUUAGGUCCAUUCAUUUAAAUAGGUCUACUUUGAGUAAAACUUCAAGGUCUGGAAAAGGGAAACCGACAUGAUCAAGCAGGUAGCCUGACUCCGCACUGAGGGAGAGCUCAGUUGGGAAAGCUUGAGACUCUGAAUUUCAGGGUUGGGGGUUCGAGAUCUACACUAGGCAAAAAGAUUCCUGCAUUGCAGGGGGUUGGACUAGAUGACCCUCGGGUGUCCCUUCCAACUCGACAAUUCCGUGAAAGUUUUGAGGACUUCUUAGGGAAAAGGCGAUCAAAAGGCAACACAAUAGUUUAUAAAAUAAUGCCUAGCAUGGAGAAAGUGGACCUUUUUCUCUCUCUCUCCUAACACUGGAAUUCGUGGGCAUCCCAGGAAACUGAAUGUCAGGGACAGAGAAAAGAAUGGUAGAAUCUUAAGAGUUGGAAGGGACCCUGGGGGUCAUCCAGACCAACCCCCCCGCAAGGCAGGAAUCUCAGCUAAAGCAUCCAUGACAGAUGGCCAUCCAACCUCUGCUUAAAAACCUCCAAGGAAGAAGAGCCCAUCAUCUUUCGUGGGAGUCUGUUCCCCUGCCCUCUUGCUGUCAGAAAGUCCUCCUGCUGUUUAACCGGAACCUCCUUUCUUGUAGCUUGAAGCCAUGGGUUCGAGUCCUGCCCUCCGGAGCAGGAGAAAACAAGCCUGUUCCCUCUUCCAUGUGAAAGCCCUUAAGAUAUUUGAAGAUGGCUCCUUCAAGCGCUCCUCGUAAGGCUGAGUUUCCAGACCCUUAAUUAUCUAGGCGAUUAAGCUCCUUCACACGGUGCUUUGUUAAUCUGUGGAACUCCCUCCCACAGGACAGAGUGAUGGCUACCAACCUGGAUAAUAAUAAUAAUAAUAAUAAUAAUAAUAAUAAUAAUAAUUUAUUAUUUGUACCCCGCCCAUCUGGCUGGGUUUCCCCAGCCAUUCUGGGCGGCUUCCAACAAAGAUUAAAAAUACUGUAAUACAUCAGACAUUAAAAGCUUCCCUAAACAGGGCUGCCUUCAAAUGUCUUCUAAAUGUCAGGUAGUUGUUUAUCUCUUUGAUAUCUGAUGGGAGGGCGUUCCACACAGUGGGUGCCACUACCGAGAAGGCCCUCUGCCUGGUUCCCUGUAACUUGGCUUCUCGCAGUGAGGGAACCGCCAGAAGGCCUUCGUUGCUGGACCUCAGCAUCCGGGCAGAACGAUGGGGGUGGAGACUCUCCUUCAGGUGUACUGGGCCUUUGAGGCUAUUUAGGGCUUUAAAGGUCAACACCAACAGUUUGAAUUGUGCUCAGAAACAUACUAGGAGCCAAUGUAGGUCUUUCAAGACUGGUGUUAUGUGGUCUCAGCGGCCGCUCCCAGUCACCAGUCUAGCUGCCGCAUUCUGAAUUAGUUGUAGUUUCUGUAGAUUAGUUGUAGAUGGGUUUUUAAAAUAGAAUUGAACAAAUAGCAAUCCCUGUUGCUGUUCUGGUUUCUGGGAUAGCUGCGGAGCCUGCAUUCGCUCCAUAAGACACACACACAUUUCCCCAUACUUUUUAGGAGGGAAAAAGUGAGUCUUAUAGAGCAAAAAAUACGGUAAUCGGUAUGAUGUUGCAAGCAAUGAAUGACAACAAAACUGAGCAACCUGUAUGUAAGAUAUACAGUAGAACAAAAUAUAUAAAAAGGUAAAGCUAAAGGGACUCCUGACAGGAAGCAGCGAUGGCCACUAACUUGCAUAACUUGAAAAGAAGAUCAGACAAGUUCACAGAGGAUAAGGCCACCAACAUAAAAGGUAAAGCGUAAAGGGACCCCUGACCAUUAGGUCCAGUUGUGGCAGACUCUGGGGUUGCGGUGCUCAUCUCGCUUUAUUGACCAAAGGAGCCGGCGUACAGCUUCCGGGUCAUGUGGCCAGCAGGACUAAGCCGCUUCCGGUGAACCAGAGCAGUGCACGGAAACGCCGUUUACCUUCCCGCCAGAGCGCUACCUAUUUAUCUAUUUGCACUCUGACGUGCUUUCGAACUGCUAGGUUGGCAGGAGCAGGGACCGAGCAACGGAAGCUCACCCCGUUGCGGGGAUUCGAACUGCCGACCUUCUGAUCGGCACGUCCUAGGCUCUGUGGUUUAACCCACAGUGCCACCCGCGUAUCUAUAUAAAGAGGUACCUACUGAAUAAUUAUCAAUGGAAUAUACAUGCUAGUGGAUAUCGUACUAUUGGAUCAGUGCUCACUGGAUAAUGUAGCUGCAGGUUACUGUUUUGUUGUCAUUCAUUGCUUUCAAUUACACCUCUAGCUGAUGAAGACUUUAUUCCGAAACAGUUGAACUAUUCCGGAUGCAGUGUCCUUUUGAGACUUUGGAGAGAUGUCUUCCUUUGAGAGACGGUUUGGCGUUCUUCGCUAUUCACUGGUUGUUUGAACCUUUGUUUGACUCUGAUACAUGUAACAACUUGCAGUUACUUGUAUAUUCUGUGAGAUGUAUUGUAUGAUAUAUAUAUAUUAUUUUGAAGUAGCUUAUUUGUAUAUUUUGAAUGACAUCAUACCGAUUAUAUAUUUACUAACAGUUAUUAGCCAGCAAAGGUCCAUAUUGUUAAAGCUAUAGUUUUGCCAGUAGUGAUGUAUGGAAGUGAGAGCUGGACCAUAAAGAAGGCUGAUCGCCGAAGAAUUGAUGCUUUUGAAUUCUGGUGCUGGAGGAGACUCUUGAGAGUCCCAUGGACUGCAAGAAGAUCAAACCUAUCCAUUCUGAAGGAAAUCAGCCCUGAGUGCUCACUGGAAGGACAGAUCCUGAAGCUGAGGCUCCAAGACUUUGGCCACCUCAUGAGAAGAGAAGGCUCCCUGGAAAAGACCCUGAUGUUGGGAAAGAUGGAAGGCACAAGGAGAAGGGGACGACAGAGGAGGAGAUGGUGGGACAGUGUUCUCGAAGCUACCAGCAUGAGUUUGACCAAACUGCGGGAGGCAGUGGAAGACAGGAGUGCCUGGCGUGCGCUGGUCCAGGGGGUCACGAAGAGUCGGACACGACUAAACAACUAAAGAACAACAACAUUAGCCAGCGUGUUGCGUUUGCAUUUUUGUAGAUUGCCACAUUUUGCAACACAAGGGUUUGUGUUUAUUGCAGAAAAAGUUGUGGCUACAGGUAGUAAUUUUCCAAAACUGAAGCAGGUGCUUUCUCAAGUUGUCUCCUUUCUUCCUCUGAUCAUUGGGACAAUUCCUCGAUUUCCCCACUGUAGCAAGGAGGAACCGAAACCAGCUGAGGGUGUCUCAAUAAUUCACAGGAAUUUUUAAAAGCAAAAUAAACUCAUCGGUACCAUGCUAGUAUCCUUUGUAAGCCACACCUUUCUGCAACCGCAAAGUGUCAUGUAGCAUCAUGCAAUUUCAAGGGGGCGAAAGGGGCAGAUUAUGGGUCAGUUCUGCAUUGCGUGAAAUGGGCUUCCCAUCCUGUGACUCACUUUCCCAGGUACCAAACCUCCGACUUUUUCAAGGCUUGAACUCUGGUGGGAGUUCCUCGGUAAGAGCAGCUACGUAUUAAAGCCUCGGGAAAUAUUGAUUAGAUCUGCCUGACAGAAGAGGUUGAAGAAGGGGCAGGAAGUUCACAGGAUGACAAGCAUUUUUAAGAAAGAAGGAAGUCGGUUAUCUGAGGAAAUGGGCUUAAGUAGCAAAGAAGGAACUGGAUGGCCGCUGUGAGAUUAGGAUGCCGAACUAGAUAGGACAUUGGCCUAUGAGUGAGGAGAAGGAGGAGGAGGAGGAGGAGGAGGAGGAGGAGGAGGAGGAGAAGAAGAAGAAGAAGAAGAAGAAGAAGAAGAAGAAGAAGAAGACGACGACUCUGUUCUUCAUGAAGAGGGAAUAUUCAAAGCAACAUUUUGUUCAGACUGAGGCCUGGGUUCAGAUUCUCACACAGUUACAAUUUGUGGGUGACCUUGGCCCAGACUCUUUCUUUUUCUCUCUCUCUUCCCUGCCCGGCUGGGCUGUUGUGUGGUUGUGGAAAGAUAAGAGACUAUUUGAGAACAAGUCAAAAGCUCUCAGUUAUAUAAUUGGAAAACAGAAUAAAUAAGAGGGAAAACAAAGUUUGGAGAAAUAAAAUAAGAUGCAAGAAAUUAGAGGGGAGAAAAAUGGAAUCCAGGGCAGGGGCGGGGGGGGGAUAGUCUAUACUGUAUCUUUGGGAAAGUAUUGAAUUUAUAAAUUAUUGCGAUUAUAAAAUUUGAAAAUUAAAAAAAAAAGAAAGAAAGCUCUCAGGUGAGAGUUUGGAGGGUGCACCACUUUCUGUGUGAGACAAGGAUUAAGCGCUACCUUCGAGAGGACUGUUUUCUUUUCUCUCUGUUUUUGUUUUUAUUCAGUUUCUUUUAUCUUAUUGUAUUUGGAAAAAGCUUUAAUAAAACCUUAUUAAAAGAAGAAACCAAGCCAAUCAUCUCACGGACUGGAUGGUGUGAUAGGAAUUUUGAGGUCUUAGAUAUAUGGUAAUGUUCAUAAGUGUACCAACCAAGCACGUACAUAAAUCAGCACAGGAAGACCGACCUGGAACCAUUUUGAUUCCUAAACUGAGCAAAUGUUUUCUCUGCAAGGUCAAAGUGGGAAACCUCCCCAUUGUCUCUUUCCUCACAAAUCCCGUCUUAAGGGCACAUUCAAGAUACGAAUAGGAUGUGAGCCUGUGACCUGGCCCAGGAACUAAGUAUUUAUCAUUACAAAAGACUGGCCAGGCUCCCCAGGCAAUCCAAUCAAGUAACCUGCCAGACAGGAGAUAAACAAGGACAGGAGAAAAAACGACAUUCAAAUUUCUGUUUUAAGACUGCCUUUUCUGUGACGUAGGUGUGAUGUAUCUGAGGGGUGGUCUUAGGUUACACCCCUUCUGUGCUGUAUGUAUGAUGUUUCGGGGGGUGGUCUUGAUCUACAGGGUGGGAAUUUCAAAAGUCUUUAUAAGGCCUUGCACACUAUUUUUCUGGGUCCUCCUCCUCUCCUGCGGGUGAGGGGAGCACCCUGUUGCAACAGAUCAAUAAAGAUCAAGCUUACUAGCUGCUUUGCUUCUCAAUAUUCUCUGGUUGGCCUCUGUUAUUCUCUCCUACCAAUAGGGAACCUAUGUAAGGACUCUAUAUGGGCUCUUGGAUACCCCAUAAGGGAAAAGGGCAAUUUUUGAUUACAACACAGAGAUUCAAGACUGUGCGUGCCUCAUUUUCUUCUUUCCUCCCUUGCAGAAUAUACCAUUUUACCGGGCUAUCCCGCAAGGCCUGGAACCAGAGUCAUGGGUGCUGCUGGAAGGUAUCAUUCCACCACAGGGCAAAAGGUAACUCAGUACUGAUAUUAUCUUCCCUAGAAUGGAUUUGGCGUCCAGAAUUUGUGAUGCAAGCAGAGGAGGCAAGUCGCAAUUCCUGGCCAGGAAUUCGUGCUAGGACUUGUGGAAUAUUAUGGAGAGAGACUGGGCCUAGGCAUGUGCAGAGUGCUUUUCCUUCUGCUCUGAGGCACGGCAGCCAAACCUCCCAUAACUGACACCAGGGGAAUCAUAGAAUCAUAGACCUGGAAGAGACCACAAGGGCCAUCGAGUCCAACCCCCUGCCAAGCAGGAAACACCAUCAGAGUACUCCUGACAUAUGGUUGUCAAGCCUCUGCUUAAAGACCUCCAAAGAAGGAGACUCCACCACACUCCUUGGCAGCAAAUUCCACUGUCAAACAGCUCUUACUCUCAGGAAGUUCUUCCUAAUGUUUAGGUGGAAGCUUCUUUCUUGUAGUUUGGAUCCAUUGCUCCGUGUCCGCUUCUCUGGAGCAGCAGAAAACAACCUUUCUCCCUCCUCUAUGUGACAUCCUUUUAUAUAUUUGAACAUGGCUAUCAUAUCACCCCUUAACCUCCUCUUCUCCAGGCUAAACAUGCCCAGCUCCCUUAGCCGUUCCUCCUAAGGCAUCGUUUCCAGGCCUUUGACCAUUUUGGUUGCCCUCCUCUGGACACGUUCCAGUUUGUCAGUGUCCUUCUUGAACUGUGGUGCCCAGAACUGGACACAGUACUCCAGGUGAGGUCUGACCAGAGCAGAAUACAGUGGCACCUGGGCCCAGCUUUUUGGUGAUUUACCGUAUUUUUCGCUCUAUAGGGCGCAACUGACCAUAGGGCACACCUAGUUUUCGGAGGGGGAAAUCAAGGAAAAUCAAGGAUUUCCACUUCUCCCAGACUUUCUCCCUGCUAUUGCGGGAGGUGAGGGAAUUCCCCCAUCUCCCACAAAAGCCCGCAGAAGCCGCGCACCGUUUAAAGAGUGCGCAGGUCCUGCGGGCGUUUCGACCGAGCUUAUGGGGCUGGCGGUGUGGGGAAGCGAUGCUUUCCCCCACCGCCAGCCUCAAAACCAGGUCGGGGAGCAGUGCGAAGGCGUCGCGUGCCUCCCUGCUGCCCCCCAAGCCUGUGGGGCUGGCGGUGGGGGGAAGCGCUGCUUUCCCCCACCACCAGCCUCAAAGACCAGACUCUCCUGGCUUCAGCGAAAGCAACGCGAAGCGUCCGGAGCGCGGGGGGACUCUCCCUCUGCGCUUAGGAGGCUUCGCGUUGCUAUCGCUGAAGCCAGGGAGCCUGUAUUCGCUCCAUAGGACACACACCACAUUUCCCCUUAAUUUUUGGAGGGGAAAAAGUGCGUCCUAUAGAGCGAAAAAUAUGGUAACUGCGCAAGUUAGGUGAAGAGAUAAAGGAUCUCUUAUGUUACAAGGAACGCCCAUAGCUCAGUUGGUAGGGCACCUGCCUUGCAUGCAGAAGGUCCCAGGUUCAAGUCCUGACAGCCUCUCCAGGUAAGCCUGGGAAUGUCCCAUCUGAACCCCUGGAGAAGCACUGUUGCCAGCCAGUGUAGACAAUACUGAGCUAAAUGGACCAACCAUGGCUCCCCUUAUUCCUAUGUGGACUAGACCAAGGGAGAAGAAACUUGGUUAAAAGAGUUUAGGCUCCCCCUUUGUAAUUGCAGCAAUUCCCUGUAAGUUGCCUACUGUCUAUCCAUAUUAACUUUCUUAAUUGUAAUAGCCUCAAUAGGAGAUAGCCAUAAAGGUGUUUCCCUUUCCAGCAGAUUUUUAUAUUUCUCCCAAACUCUAUACAAAUUCUUCCUUAGAAUAUGGUUCAUAAAACAUUUAUAAAUUUUCGCCUUCCAAAUUUGGCAUGCCAGCCAAAUUUUAAAUCAGGACCAUUCUUUUAACCAACACAAGCAGGCUGCCUCAUAAUACAUUUGCAGGUCUGGCGAGGCAAAACCUCCUCUUUCUUUUAUGUCUAUUAAAAUUUUAUGUUUAAUUCUUGGAUUUUCCCCCUGCCAAAAUGAAUUUAGAAAUAUCCUUCUUCCAUUAUUUGAAGCAGCCUAAGUUAUUUACAAUUUAUAUUGAUUGGAAUAAAAACAGCAUCCUGGAAAGAAGGUUCAUUUUGAUAGCUGAGAUUCUACCAGGCAGGGAGAGCGUCAUUCUCUGAGUACCAGUUGAUGGAAACCACAGGAGGGGAGAGUUCGCUUGUGCUCGGAUCCUGUUUUCAGGCUUCCCACAGGCAUCGGGUUGGCCACAGGAUGCUGGACUGACUAGGUGGGCCGCUGGCCUGACCCAGCAGGCUUCCCCUAUGUUCUUAUGUCUACAACUCUCAUUAUACCUAACCACUGGGCAUGCUGGCUGGGGGCCACGGAAGUUGUGAGUCCAGCAACCUCUGCAGGGUCACAGUCUGCCUUGAACUAGGUGAGGGUGCUGGACUAGGCCCUGGGAGACCAGAGUUCGAAUCCCUGCUCAGCUAUGAAGCUCGCUGGGUGACCCCGGAGCCAGUCGCUGCCUCUCAAGGCCUGACCGACCUCACAGGGAUGUUGUGAAGAUGAAACGGGAGGAGGGGGAACCAUGUACUAGAACUCGUUGGAAGAAGGCAGCAUAAAUACCGUAUUUUUCGCUCCAUAAGACGCACCCAGUUUUUAAAGGAGGAAAACAAGAAACAAAAUGUUCUGAACGAAACAGUGGGUGUAUGAUCUUUGUGGUUCAUACUGUGACCACAGACAUGUGAUCUGAUGGUGAAUUUGAGGUGACCCAAUGCAAAAAUCAUGAGGAUCCAUGUGGAUCUGUGCUUUGUAACCACGUUUUUGCGCCAUUGUGGCCCCACACAACAGUGGGUGCGUGAUUUUUUUGGUGCAGGCUGUAGCCAUGGACAUGCUAUGUGAUCUGAUGGUGAAUUUGGGGUGACCCAAUGUAAAAAUCCUGAGGAUCCAUGGGCUUUUACCUCCCCCUCCCAGGCAGCCUCCUUUAUCUCUAGCGUCCCUUAUCUCUCUUCCGACCCCACCGACCAGCUGUUUCCUUUCAACACUCCCUUCCCUCUUGUUUGCCUUAGUGUCUUUUCCUUAGCUGGAGCAGUUUUUUGCUCCUCCUUUUCUUCUAAUUUCUCUCCUUAUUGCUUUAGUCUUCCUGUUCCCCCCCUUUGCAAGUUUGCUGUCCUUACCUCCCUGCUCCCAGGCAGCCUCCUUUCUUGCUAGCGUCCCUUAUCUCUCUCCCCGAUCGCUUGCUGAUCAGCGGCUUUGUUUCAACACCCACUUCCCUCUUUCAAAAAAAGAGAGCAUGAUCUGCUUUUUGCCCCUGGGAAAUUCAGCUCCAGGGACCACGCAUUCGCUCCGUAAGACGCACAGACAUUCCCCCUUACUUUUUAGGAAGUAAAAAGUGUGCCUUAUGGAGCAAAAAAUACGGUAUAUAAAAAAUACAUAUAAAUAAAGGACAGCAGAGGAGCAGGGAUACAGGAAAGAAGUUGGCAGCAGGGCAGUCAUUGUUCAGCUACUUCUUACCUGGGGGGGACAGGCCAUACGGCAGGAUAUGUAACCCAGCGAACCUGAUCUCUCUCACCUCUUUUCUCAGGUUCUAUGUGGACUUUGCUUCCAGACAAGUCGAGGAGGGGAACAAGCCUCUAAGGCUCACCGUCAGCUUUGAGGGACCCCCGUCUUCCCCUGGCUGGGUGACCCUCAACAGCUUCACAGACCAGCAGUGGGGUGAGGGUCUGACGGUGAUGGCCCCUUUCCGGCGAGGCCAGGAGUUCAGGAUUCAAAUCAUCGUCACCCGGAUGGGCUACAAGGUCGGGGUAGCAACUGAGGGGUCCUCGGCGGGGAAGGGGAAUCGGGACACACACACACACAAACACCAUCCCCAAAAACACGGGCGCUGGGUGAGGGGCGAUGGUGGCUGCAUGGGGACUGGGAGGCCAGAAGGCUGCUGGGAGCCCAAAGUAGGUAUAGUAUAGGACAGGGGGGCAGGUAUAGGAAGAGAACAGCAAGAUCCUACGUCUGCCCAGGGGUCCUAUUGAAAUCAUUGACUCUUGCUUCCAAGUAAGCAGGGCUAAAGGAAUGGAAAUUCUAAGGUUUGAUAUUGUUAUGUCAAAAAGAACCUCCCAUGUCCCUUCAUUUUACUCCCUAGUUGUUGCUCUCAGAUUGCUCUCUGCUUUCCCCAUCGCUCUCUGUGAACAGAUAGCUUUGCUCACCGACGGACUUGAAACUCACUCCUUCCACUUUUAAUAAUAAUAAUAAUAAUAAUAAUUUUAUUUAUAUCCCGCUCUCCCCAGCCAAAGCCGGGCUCAGAGCGGCUAACAACAGGGAAAAAAAGCACCGUUUACAUAAAAUCACAGUCAAUUCAUUGAAAUACAUUCUAAAAUCAAUUCAGAAUCAAAUUAAUGGCAACCAUUGGGCUAGAGUACUAUGAGGAUUACCAAAGGAGGGGGGUCAGACUGCGCCUAGGCCAAAGGCCUGGUGGAACAGCUCUGUCUUGCAGGCCCUGUGAAAAGAGGUCAAGUCCCGCAGAGCCCUAUUCUCUUGUGACAGAGCGUUCCACCAGAUCGGGGCCACGGCCGAAAAAGCCCUGGCUCUGGUUGAGGCCAGCCUAACCUCCCUGUGGCCCAGGACCUCCAAGAUGUUUUUGUUUGAAGACCGUAAGGUCCUCCGUGGUACAUAGCAGGAGAGGCGCUCCCGUAGGUACGAGGGUCCUAGGCCUUAUAGGGCUGGUUAAAACCAGCACCUUGAAUGUGAUCCUGUAAUCCACUGGGAGCCAGUGCAGCUGGUAUAGCCCUGGGUGAAUGUGAUCCCGCGGCGAGGACCCCGUAAGGAGUCUCGCCGCAGCAUGCUGCACCCGCUGGAGUUUCUGGGUCAGUCUCAAGGGCAGCCCUACGUAGAAAAAGAUGUCCCACUAAAUAAAAUGCGCCAAACCUAAGAGUUUCAAUCAAUCAAUCAAUCAAUCAAUGUUGAAUAGCAGAGAGAACAUUGCACUCUUCCUCUUUCAGAGUUAAGGGUAAAGGUACCCCUGCCCGUACGGGCAGUUGUGUCCGACUCUAGGGUUGUGCGCCCAUCUCACUUAAGAGGCCGGGGGCUAGCGCUGUCCGAAGACACUUCUGGGUAACGUGGCCAGCGUGAUGAAGCUGCUCUGGCGAGCCAGCGCAGCACACGGAACGCCGUUUACCUUCCCGCUAGUAAGCGGUCCCUAUUUAUCUACUUGCACCCGGGGGUGCUUUUGAACUGCUAGGUUGGCAGCCGCCGGGACCGAGCAACGGGAGCGCACCCCGCCGCGGGGAUUCGAACCGCCGACCUGACGAUCGGCAAGUCCUAGGCGCUGAGGUUUUACCCACAGCGCCACCUGCGUCUUUCAGAGUUACUAGAUGGUUAACUCCCCUAAGGUCCGCUUGAGUAGCCUAUACAUUUAGGGCAGGCGAUAAAAGCCAAUAUUCCUCCAAGCCAAGCGUGAGAAACUCGUGGAACUAACUUAAGCGCCUUUUAAAAGCGGUUAGAAAAAUUAGUGGGUUUGUCAAUCAAAGGCAUAUUUAGAAGACAUGCGUGGGGAAUCUCUGGCUCUGCUCAGGUUGUUAGGCUUUAAAGCAUAGCCAACAGGGGUAUUAAGAGUCCCACAGUAUCCGGAGGGCCACAGGUUCCCUAUAAAGGUAAAGGGACCCCUGACCAUUAGGUCCAGUCGUGACCGACUCUGUUGGUUGCGGCGCUCAUCUUACUUUAUUGGCCGAGGGAGCCGGCGUCCAGUUUCCGGGUCAUGUGGCCAGCAUGACUAAGCCGCUUCUGGUGAACCAGAGCAGCGCACGGAAAUGCCGUUUACCUUCCCGCCGGAGUGGUCCCUAUUUAUCUACUUGCACUUUGACGUGCUUUAAAACUGCUAGGUUGGCAGGAGCAGAGACCGAGCAAUGGGAGCUCACCCCGUCAUGGGGAUUUGAACCGCUGACCUUCUGAUCGGCAAGUCCUAGGCUCUGUGGUUUAACCCACAGCGCCACCCGCGUCAGGUUCCCUAUACCUGAGCUCAGUGGAGCUUCUCAGGGGUGGGUGCAGUCUACCUUUAACUACCGGUUCCUAGGAAUGAACAGUGAAAUCUUGCAGAGAGCUAGUUGGGAGAGCAAUGGUAAACCAGAGCGAACAAGCUCCAAAGCCUUUAACAGAAGCCUGUGUAGCUAGCAGAGUAUUGAGGUUCCCAAAUAUCUAAACAGGAGAGCCGCCACUCAUCAAACCACACGGGAUUCUCAUGUCAGUCGGAGUUGGGAGGUUUAUCUUCCAACCCUUCUUGACGUGCCUUUCUCCGUUUCUUUGCCAGAUCCUGGAGAAAGAUAUUUCCCUUUGUGAGUUCCGCCACCGCCUCUCACCAAAAAGUAUCCGCUUCCUGGAGAUCGACGGGGAAGUCAAGCUCCAGAACGUGGCCGUCAGCUGGGAGGGCAACAGAGCACCAAGGGGCCGUAUCCUGCCAACAUUGGGCAUGGGCCGUUAUGCACGUUAGGAGGGCGCCGGGUGCAGGGGGAGCGCUGAGCCCUCCCCCCAAAUAAAGGGGCACACCUUGAUGCGAGGAGGAGGAUAUCCCGGGGCGAGAAUAAAUUAUGCAAACCAAGAAGGGCUUCCGUCGUG